ACGGUCGGAGAUUGAUCGUUCUGUUGAGGAAUAGAUAGGGUUUUGUUUGUCUGCUGGAUUGUUGUCUUGUUGCCUGUUUCCUUUAUCUUGUUUAGGGUUGUUUUUCGUUGCGGGAUGCGUUUUCUUUCUCCAACGGUAGAGAUUUUUUUGCACCCAAAGGAAUCCGUUCUCACGAUCAAUUUUCUUGAAAAAGUUAGGAAAACAAGGUUAAUAGUCAAUGUUGUCUGGUACCUAUCGGACUAAUCUUGGUUUUGAAGACACUGAACUCUAGGGAGUGAUGUUUCUCUGUGAUCUUGAACUUUGCCCUGUGGACUGGCCACCUACUUAGGAUUCGCUAUUCUACAAGUUGAAUAUGCCAUCGGCUCAAGAUCCGUUCUAUGUUGUAAAAGACGAGAUUCAAGAAUCUAUCGAUAAACUGCAAUCAAGUUUUCACCAAUGGGAAAGGAUAUCUUCCGAUCUAGGAGAGAGAGUACAACUCACAAAAGAGUUGCUCGCUGCCUGUGAGAGCAUUGAAUGGCAGGUGGAUGAACUGGACAAAGCUAUUGCUGUGGCAGCUAGAGAUCCUUCUUGGUAUGGCAUUGAUGAUGCAGAACUUGAAAGACGAAGGAGAUGGACGAGUACAGCUAGGACACAGGUUGGAAAUGUCAAGAAAGUAGUGGGAGCUGGAAAGGAGCAAGCUGGAACUGCUAGUUCUAAUGGGAUGCGUCGAGAAUUGAUGAGAUUACCAAAUCCGCACGAAACAGACAGAUCAAACUUAUAUACAGCCCACCAAGCAAAUGAUGACUUCAUCACAUCCGAAUCUGAUCGACAGCUGCUUCUCAUAAAGCGGCAGGACGAGGAGUUGGAUGAGUUGAGUGCAAGCGUGGAGAGAAUUGGAGGUGUUGGGCUUACAAUACAUGAAGAGCUCAAAUUGCAGGAUAAAAUUAUUGACGAUCUUGGAAAUGAAAUGGACAGUACAUCAAAUCGCCUCGAUUUUGUUCAGAAAAAAGUAGCUGUGGUCAUGAAGAAGGCCAGCGCCAAGGGCCAGUUAAUGAUGAUCUUGUUCUUGGUGGCUUUGUUCAUCAUCCUUUUUGUGUUGGUGUUCCUCACCUAGUUUUUGAAGCAAAAUGAGGCCCUUGCCAUUCACGAUGCAUCAGAAAUGGAUAUGAUAAACCAGAAGAUGAGGUACUUUGUCCGAAUAUCGUCAAAACUAUCCCGAAAUUUUGAAUUGAGAACUACAUUGGGUUGAUCAGAAUUCAGAACCGAGCUUCUGAAUUACAAAAUGCAAUGUGAAACUCAUUUGCACUGGCUCCUUAUCCUUGUUUUAUAGUUUUUUUCCUUUUCUUAUUAUUAUUGUUUUUUUUUUUUUUUUAUAGUUU